CUGCAAAUAUUCAUUCUUGUUUUUUAUUUGAUUGUAGAUUUUAAGCUCCUUUUGUUUUCCUUUAAAAAUAGAAUAAAAGGGUUUAGAAUGCCCCCACUUGUGACUUUAAGUUGUUAACUAGUUGAAAUUCAAAAAAAAAAAAAAUCUUAACAAGUUAAGUUUUUUGUAAUAUAUUAAACUCUUCAUAGAUUGUACUAGCCAACAAGAAAGUGCUUUUAAGGUGAAUGAUAGAGAAGUUGUUCUUACUCCAACCCUCACUCUUGGAGAGUGACAAUCAGUAAGAGGAGAAAAGAUUUCUGGGACUGUUUUGGUAGAGUUUGAAACCCCUUUGGCACCAAAGGAAGCAUCUAUUUGUAAUUCCUUUUCUUUCUUCGUGAUAUUCGUAAUCUUCGAAUCAUGUUUCACUUAAAAAUUUGUGCUUUUCAAUUUUAUAAAGCUUGAGAAGAAAUUUGUUGAAGCUGUUAAGGGUUUUGGGUUGAGAAGAUAGUUUUUUUUUUUUAACUAUAAAUAAAAUUAAGUAUCAAAAUAAAAGUUUAGUCGCACAACUGAAAAGAAAAAUGUCAAUUUUUUAUUGAAUAGGAAAUAGAAGUUAACAAAGAGAAGCAAAGUGCUAAUAAGUGGAACAGUGUAGUGAUAAAGUUAGCAUUCCUUUCUGAUGCAAGUAAACUCCCUUUCCAUGUUGGCUUCCCAUCUUUCUCUUUUUAUGGCCGACCCUCGCUUUUCUUCAAAAUAUUCUCCUUUUUGCACAAAUCCAUGGAAUAUUGUGUAUUUAUAGCCUCGUUUUUCUUGCUUAAUUUACCAAUUAAUACAAUUGCAAUGGCAUCUUCUAUUUCAUCAUUACCACUUCAAGGAGACACCGCAAGCAGCCAAGCGGCGGCAGUGGGAAGCAGUACUACUUCGUCACCGUCGUCAGGGUCUCUAGGGCCAUUCUUCGCCGUCAUCUCAGUUCUGACUUUUCUAGCUGUUGUUUCUUGUGUGGUGGGAAGGAUUUGUGUCCGACGUCGGACGAAGGGGGCGGCGGUAGUGGCGAUAACGCCAUUGGAUACGAUAAAGCAUGGAGGUUGGUUGGGAUGGUUGAAGCUAAGGUGUGGAGGUUGUAUGGCGGGGGAGGUGGUGGAGGCUGGUGCCAAAGUUAUGUCUUUUGGUGAGGAUCAAAAUAACAAUGAAACCCAUCCCCAUCCACCUCCAGUUUGAAAAAUGCAUUCAUUUUCCUUAAUUCAGUUUAGAUUUUAUAUUUGAUUUGUCUAAAUACGUUUGUCAUUUAAUUGGAAUUCCUAUCCUAUCCAAUCCAUUAACCAUUCUAACUUCA